AUUUGAAAAAUUUGAAAUUUUGGAAUUUUUUUGGAAAUUAAUUUUACGAUUAUUUUAUUAAAUUGAAGCUGUCUCUUUGUGCCUCGAAAGUGUGGCUCGAGUCGCAAAAACCGAGUGACAAGACCAGAUUCAGUUUGCCGAUCGGACUCACAUUUACUUACUAGUAGUAAAGUAAUGAGUAAUUGUAAUUAAUUAUUGUGUGGAUAAUUGCUUAUCAUCUCGGCUAUCAUUAAAUCACAUAGCGAGAGGUAAACAAUAUAUAACACACCAGAAAAAUGUCAACGUGAAGCAGAAAGAAUAGAGUUUCUCGUUGCUGGGCGGAAGAAAUAUCAAGUAAACCAAGUAGGACUCACUACAACUCUAAGUUCCAAAGUAUUUGGUGGAUAACAAUGGAGCCUAAGAUUUUGGAGGAGGACAGAGACGAAUGGAUUUAUAAUUCCAUGAAAAAGUACAGCAACUUGUACAUGUUCGAAUUAGAAUUUCCAGCCGACGUUUUCGAAGUGAUUGACGAGAUGAGCAUUUGUUUGAGUGGAUGUCAACCUUACUCAAAAAAGACGGAAAUUUUGCAGUUGGCCCUACCCCCGAAAUUGUUCCCGAAAGAUAUUGAAGAAGGGCUGUGCAAGGAUCGAGAUUUCCAAAUUGUGAGUGGGGGCUAUGCAUCCAGCAACAUUCUACAGAUAAAACCUGUGAAAUCGUCUUCUUGUUCUGGAUCUGUCGUAGCGUGCACGCAAGGAGGCGAGAAUUCUGUGACCCUUUACCAACUCGGGGAUGAGAAUUGUGCCGUGAUUAAAGAAUUUUGCAAACUUCCCGUCUCACCUUCUCUUGAUCUUCAUGCAAAACAAUCUCUUGGAAUUCUGGCCACGACGGAAUCGUCCCUAUUUCUCGGAACAUCAUCCUCCGUCCAAGAAUGGGAUUUGAACUCUGCUUCUCCCCCAGUUCCACUUCGACAUGCUCUCCCUUCAUCAAUCUCUCUCGGAGAAAAGGUCACGAAAAUUAAACUGCUAGAAAACAAGACCAUGUUCUUCCUCGGAGAUAAUGGAGUCGUCCUCCUACACGAUUUGCGGACCCCGUCGUCAUCUCCGAUUUCAUUCACGUCAUCGAAAUCUACCUCAAUUUCUAAAGCAGAGGUCGAAAUUCUCUUCAGUUUUGACACCAUCUGCGACACCGUAGCCAUUCUAGAUUCUUACGGCGGAUAUGAAAAGUUUGACGUGAGACAACCCUCUCCUGGGGUGAGGGUCGGACUGCCGGUCGUAUUUGGGGGCAGUGGUGAUGACGAUGUCGGCAAAACCGGAAGUGGCGUUCUCCGAGACAGUUUCAACAUUCAGUUUUCCCCGAGUUCUCAGCAGGGAAGUUCAACUGAGCCUGUUUUCCUAGUUUCUGGCCUGGACUCCAGCCAGGUGCAUAUUUUGCAGGGGGUGGACCACCAGUCGUCGUCGUCACCAGGUGUCGAUGUCGACGCACUUUUCGUCCACGACGGUCACUCGAAAAGAGUGACGGCGGCUGUGUUUCACCCAAGCGUGGAGAGGUUGAUAUUUUCGGCCUCGGUUGACUCGAUGUUGCACGCGUGGCAAUACAUCCAGUAACAAAAACAAAGACAAAAGCACAAAGAGAGGAGAAGAAGACGCAGUAGCAGUAAUAUAGGAAUUAGUUAAAUAUUUUAUUAAUUAAAGUAGGAAUAAUUAGUUGAGUGAGUGAUACAUACAACUGGCUUGUCGUGGUGGUCGUGGUCUUAUCGGUAAGUUUGGUAUUUUUGUGGAGAUUAUUCUAAAUUUUUUGCAAGUUUGUUGGGUCAGCUGUUAGUUCGUGAGUAGGGAUUUACUCAGUUUGAUUAAAAGUUACUUAAUUUUAGUUAAAUAUUGCACAAAUUGCAGUGAAAAACAACUAUGUUGCAAUCUCUUGCAGUUUUAGUUAAGAAGUGGUAUGGUUAUCAUUGUGGUCCGGCUUAACUGUGUGAAAUCGAUAAUUUGUGGACAUCAUUCGAUCCUCGGAGAGAAGAAAAGUAAAGAGAUUAGGAGGAGGAGGACGAUUGACGAUCAAAUCGAUAAUUAUACUGCAUUAGGUUAUCUUAACUUAAUGUUUGUUGAUAAGGCUAGUUGUAUGGAUUAGUUACAUUUCUAUUGGAUGGAUGAAAAAGAGACGAGACACAGUUUUUCCUUUCCUUGUUUUUGUAUAUAAUCCUUGAGUUUGGUCAUUACUUACGCGUUAUCGCGGGUAUGUGUAGUGUAGAUAAGUUCAAUAUCGUUAAGUAAGUUAUAAUUAAUUUGAUUCAUUAAGUUUCUUUAACUUUAACCUGAUUACGAAAUUUACGAUCGAUGUUGAGCCCAGAUUAAAAGGAUAGAUAGCGAUAGAUAAGUGCAGAUAUGUACAUGAUGAUCGAUCUCUGUGGCUAAAAAUUCACUGAAUACUAAUUAAUUAAGUUGCUAAAGUCGUCAUUUGCAUUUAUUGAGCAGGAUGGAUUAAAUACAUAAGCAUAUAGUUUAGUUUAUUAUAUAAUUUUGUAAAUUGUGGGUCGUGAGUGAUGUGUUGUUGUUUUUGUGUCGAAAAAGUUUAAAAAGUUACAAAACAUAAAGGUUAAUGGAAUUAUGGAAUAGUUUUGUAAAUAUUUCCGUCUCUCUUGUCACUCAAAUUGGGGAAAUAAAUAUAUUUAGUUAAUUGAA